GCAGCUCCGCGUCUCACUUCCAUCAUCUGGGAAGGGUAGAUGCUUUGUCACAGAUCACACGGGAAGGUGCUCCUUGUAGAUGGGCACGAUGUGGACGGAUGCUUGCGUCGUGCGUGUAGGCAAACGUGUUUACACCUCCUAGCCAUGGGAGCACGUUGGAGGUGGAUCCCCACGGCCGCCUCGCUUUAGCUGCUUCCUUCGUUGAGCCUCCUUCUUUGUUUCUGCAGAUUUUUUUUCCGCCGACACUUAAAGCUUCAAAAAAAAAAAAGUGGGUCUGAGUGUUUCUCGCUCUGGAAUUUCGAUGUUAUUUUAUUUUGAAUAAUUUUCUAUGUGGAUUACAAUUCAGAAUCAAACGGGAGUCUCUGAGGCAGCAGCCGAAGGAGAGGGGUGGUGUGAAAUAAUGAUGCGCUAAAAGAGAAAAGGCACAUUUUAUUCAUAGUUUUCGGAGGAGAAGGAGACCUUCUUGGAAGGACAGAAGACGGAUUAGUGGAACUUGUACAUUAACUAAAGAGGAACUGGAGGGGAAAAUACUCAAGAACAACAAACCAUGACAAACUUUUAUUUAAGAAUAAGGCAAACCAAGGGCGGGGGAGUAGAGUGAAUCCACUUCUCUUUUUCUUACCUCUUUUCUUACUUAUGGGCCAACAUUUCAGUGAAGAUCAUUCUUUUUCUUCACCUAUCUGUCAUCUUUCAGUCUUGUUUCAUGAUGGAUGUGGAGUAACUUCAGGAUAAUUCCUGUCCUGUGUUCACUCUGUUUGGAAGCCUCCUCUGUUCGGUUUUGAAUCCCCGUCAGACCUCUCUGAACAAACUGACUGUCAAAUUCUCUAUCUAGCUGACCAUUCCAGUGCAGUUCCUCCUCACUAUGAGUUUUCCCACGUCUCCCGGCUCAGAAGGUCUGCCUGCUGAAGUGUGACCACAUGAGCCAGGCCGGCGCACAGCAGCGACGCACCACCUACCUCAUCUCCCUCACUCUUGUGAAGGUUGAGGCUCUGGGCAAGGAUGGGGAUCAGCAGGAUGAAGCCUGGGCCCUUGGAAGAGGAGAGGGCCAUGGGAGCAGGCCUGGGGGGUCCAUGGAGGGAAGAAACAUGCCCUCCUCUGAACAUCGUCGGGAGAGGGCCCACGCAGAGUUGGGAGGGGAAGAUGGCUUUGGAGGGGCAGAGAGAGAAAAGGACAGACUCCUCAAAGAGAGGAGGCUGGUGGUGGAGAGAGUGUCUCCAGGAGGUGGUCAUAAGGCCCCAGAUCAGGGCCCUGGAGUUGACUGGCUGGAGGCCAGAGGGAGGGAAGCAGAGGUCCAGAGGGGUGCAGACAGGACCCCGGAAGCCCCACUGGGACCAGUGCCACCCUGGAGGACUGUGGACGUGGCAUCUCAGAAUCGCACCCCAAAUAAGUGUGCCAUCCCUCUGCGACUCAGCCAGAGGCCGAUGGACCUACCAGGAGCCCAGCGCGGUGAUAGAAGCUGGCAGGAGGCCAGAGGGAGUGCCCCCGCCCUUUCCCAGGACUUGGGUACCGACGUGGGUAGCGCUCUGGAGGCAGUCAUGGCCUUGGGACUCAACCGUGGGUCAUGGAUGGGGACCGAAGAGAAGGCGAGAGCUCAUGGUGGCAAUGUGGUGGGGGGAAGGGGCUCGUUUACACGCGACGCCCCUCGACCCGAAAAACUGAAGGCUGGUUCCGCCUCCCUGCCGGGCCCAGCCGGCCAGGUCGUCAAGCCUCCCCGCAAAGGUAAGAGCCGCACCCUGGACAACAGUGACCUGAACUCCUUGUCCGAGGACCUGCGGCGGGGAAAGGAGUCCCACGCGGCCAGCGAGGCACCAUACGGGCACCCACAGCGCGCGUCCGGCCGCGACCACAAGAUGCUGAAGUUCAUUAGCGGCAUUUUCACCAAGAGCACCACGGUCCCUACCGGCAGCACCACCAUUACCCCGCUCUAUAGCCCUUUGCAGCGGGAAUCCAGUGAAGAGGAAGCGGCCUGCACCAACAGUCAGGAAUGGACCCUGAGCCGCUCCGUCCAGGAGCUUCGCUUGGGGGUGCUUGGCAGUCUGCGCAGUGGCAAGUCAGCGCUGGUGCACUGGUACAUGACAGGCUCCUAUCUGGCCGUAGAGUCCCCAGAUGGGGGACGGUAUAAGAAGGAGGUCCUGGUUGAGGGGCAGAGCCAGCUGCUGCUGAUUAGGGAGGAGGCGGGGCCACCCGACGCACAGUUCUGCAGCUGGGUGGAUGGAGUCAUCCUGGUGUUCAGCCUGGAGAACGAGAACAGUUUCCAGGAGGUUUAUCGGAACUACAGUCAGCUGAACGCCCAUCGCAAUAUAGCUGAGAUCCCGUUGAUUGUGGUGGCGACGCAGGACAAGAUCAGUAGCUCCAACCCACGGGUGAUCGAGGACGCGAGAGCCCGCCAGCUCUGCUCCGACCUGCGCCGCUGCACGUACUACGAGACAUGCGCCACCUACGGGCUUAACGUCAACCGCGUCUUCACCGAGGCUGCCCAGAAGAUAGCAGCCAUAAAGAGACAGGCGUCUCUACAAGCCGCCUGCAGAUCACUGCCUAACACCCCCAGUCACUCAGGGGACUCGACUCCGGUGUCUGGUGCCUUUCCAGGACAGGCCAGUAAUGGAGGUCAGAGCAGUGAUUACUCCUCCUCCUUGCCCUCUACCCCCGUCGGCAGCCGUAAGGACCUCCGCAGCAUGGUCCCAGGGGACGGAGGAGGGGGCGCCCCCCAGGGGACGCAGGGCAGCACUCCUCGGCGUCGCCGCUUCCCACACAGCAGUGAUGCAGAAAGGAAGAGUGCUGACACCAGGGGCGAUGUGGGGAGUGGCCGGUCAAUCCCAGUUAAACAGGGCAUCUUAUUGAAGCGCAGUGGCAACACACUGAACAAGGACUGGAAGAAGAAGUUGGUCACACUGUCCAGCAAUGGCAUUUUGUCCUACCAUUCCAGUAUCAAUGACUAUAUGCAGAACAUCCACGGCAAGGAGAUUGACUUGUUGCGAGUGACAGUUAAGGUUCCCGGCAAGCGCCCCCCUCGAGCGGUACCAGCGGGCAGCCCUGCAUCCGGCCUCAAUGGUGUGGUGUCCAGCCCCGAUGGGGCCAGUGCAGGUCCUCAGUUUCCAAGCGGCCUUUUGACGGUAGAAGAGGGGGCAGGAGCAGAACGGGCCUUUUCCUCACCUGGGGUCCAACGAUGCCCAUCUUCUCUGUCCAACAAAGGACAGAGUAUGGACUCGGCCUCUGAGGGGAUGAGUAGCCCCCCCUCUGCAAAAGACACGAUACCUGCCUCCCCGAACUUGAGUGACAAGAAGAAGAAGGGAGAAAGGAGGAAAAAGAGCAUGAACCAGAAAGGGGAUGUGGCAGCUGGCCAAGCGGAGGCCAAGCGCAAAAUGUGGAAACUCAAAAGCUUUGGUAGCUUGAGAAACGUUAGCAGAGCAGACGAGGAGAAUUUCGACUUCAUCAUAGUCUCAAGCACGGGACAGACAUGGACUUUUGAGGCGCAGAGUUUAGAAGCGCGUGACUCUUGGGUCCAAGCUAUCAAUAGCCAGAUCCUGGCAAGUCUGCAAUCCUGCGAGAGCAGCAAGAACAAGGCGAGGAAGAACAGCCAGAGUGAAGCAGUAGCUUUACAGGCCAUCCGGAAUGCUAAAGGCAAUGGUUUCUGUGUGGACUGUGACGCCCCCCACCCAACGUGGGCCAGCCUGAACCUGGGGGCACUGAUCUGCAUUGAGUGCUCAGGCAUCCACCGAAACCUGGGCACACACCUGUCGCGCGUGCGCUCCCUCGACCUUGACGACUGGCCACGCGAGCUGACAUGUGUGCUUGCUGCCAUCGGCAACCACGUGGCCAACAGCGUGUGGGAGGGCUGCACACAGGGGCGGCAGAAGCCCAUGCCUGAGUCUACACGAGAGGAGCGGGAGUCAUGGAUCCGAGCCAAGUACGAGCAGCGGGCAUUUGUCGCCCCUUUGCCUGCUCCCAGGGAGGCUGUAGGGGGCGCCAUGCCCUCCCGGCUGCUAGCCGCUGUCUUUGAGCGCAAUCUGCCUCUGCUGCUUCUGCUGCUCGCUCACAGCACAAAGGAGGAGAUCAACGCCCCCCUGCCAUCCCCCCAGCCUCACACCGCCCUCCAUGCUGCCUGCCAGCUUGCCGAUGUGGUCAUGACUCAGCUGUUGGUUUGGUAUGGCAGUGACGUGAAAGCACGGGAUUCCCAGGGCCACACCGCCCUGACCUUGGCCCGGCAAGCGGGGAGCCAGGAGUGCGCCGACAUCCUGCUGCAGCAUGGGUGCCCCAACGAGAGUCCCCCCGCUGCUGUGACACCUGGUCUCUCCCGUAAGGUUAGCAGCACUAGCCUGAGCCGGUCCACUUCCAGGAGAGGGUUUCUUCAUUUCAGUAGCGAGCAGUAACCCUGCACUGCAAAACGGAUCUUUCGCAGGAGCAGGAAGUUUCCUCUGUGGCAGGCACUGUUUGCACCAGUGUGUGUGUAUGUGUGUCUGUGUGUGUGUUUGUGUGUGUGUGUGUGUGUGUGUGUGUGUUUGUGUGUGUGUGCGUGCGUGCGUGUGUUUGUGUGUGCGUGUGUGUGUGUGUUUGUGUGUGUGUGUGUGUGUGUGUGUGUGUGUGUGUGUGUGUGUGUGUGUGUGUGUGUGUGUGUGUGUGUGCCCGUCUGUCACCCACUUCCUUUCCUUUGUGCAGUAAACUUGCAGCCUUGGUCCUAGGAGGAUGACAUAACAAACAAGGCCUCUUACGUACGACCAAGGGAACAAUGGCGUGGCAUUUUCUGAAUGCAGCAAAAGAGAAAAGAGAGAUAGAAGACAGACUUCUCACCUCCCUCCCAGCGAAGAAGCAAGGAGGUGUUUUGGCAUUUAUGCUGCCGAGACCCAAGUAAUGGGAUGGUAACCCUAACUAGUACUAGAUGGUAACCCUAACUCAGUAGUACAUCAUGUAUUUGCUGAGUCCACUGAGCAAAUGCCGCUGUCCUCUGUGCAUUGGACUAUGAAUCCAGAGGCUUAUGCAGGAAAACGACGCGGGAGUCUAGCAGCACGGACAUCGGAUGGGACUCGGAUGGGACUCGGAUGGGACUCGGAUGGGACUCGGAUGGGACUCGGAUGGGACUCGGAUGGGACUCGGAUGGGACUUUUCAAAGGAUACAAACUGCGAGUAACUGGUCUGAGUCCCUCCGGUGCCACUGCAAAGGUAUCCACAGUAAAAUUCUCUACUCUUCUUUGUUGAUGGAUAAACUAAUGUCAAGCCUCUUCUUAUUUGAUUCUGGUUAUCAAAGAAUUUGUCUCUCAAGCGGUCAGCCUUCGUUCAUUCGCAUGUUAAAUUUUAGAGAUUGUGCACUUUUAGCACCUUUCGGUAGCAGUAGAUCUCUGUGUGUUGGUGUGGGCCUGUGUGAGUAUGUGCGUAGACCUUUUGACAUGUGCCAGUGGAACGUACCAAAACAUGGAGGGGGGCCGCUGAUUAGGUGACCUGGCGAGGCAUCUCCUUCCAGGUGACAUCAUUGUGCUGGACUUGAUGUCACAUUCAGUGGGAAACCCUUUUAGGAGAAGGAUGUUAUUAAGGUCUGGGGUUCUGGUGAGUGAGUAAGCAGAUUACCUGAUGUGAUCUCAAGAUUAUUGCAAUAAUGCCAUUAUUAUAUUGAUGACAUCAGUGUAUAUGUAUAGAAUGUGUGUAAAAUGUACAAGGAAGUAAAGGAGGGAAGUAAAUAUUUGGGUUUUUUAAAAAUGAUAUUUCAGAGAGAAAUCAGGGCAUUACGGUAAUAUGAAGGAAUUACAGUUUUUUAAACUCUCUUCCAAAAGAUUUAUUUAAUUUCCAAAAAUUAUUUUUUCUACAACAAUGACGCUACAUUCCCUUGUAUAAACUGUCAAUCAAAGUUGCGGCGGAUAAUUUAGCAAACUGAAGAUAUUGGACCAACCCAGCAGUAGCCUGGAGAGAUCGGCGCGGAGUUUAACUUGGUGGUGACGCCGCUACAACCUGCUGCUGGGUACAAACGAGUCUUUCUGCAAUGAGCCGCCUCCAUUCUCACCCCACAAGCAAAAUACCAGAGAAUUUCAAUGAUGAGAAACUUUCCCUGGAACUAUAAAAGGUCGCAUAGACAUAUUGACAUUACUACUACUGCUGGUGUUACUAACUGUGUGAAAAUCCUUUGUAGCUGUAUGUAGUGACAUUUGUAUGGAUAUCUAGGACUCGUUUGUAAGUGGUCUGGAUGAUGAGAAACCUAUUUACACGCUUGCAUCAGUUGUGAUGGUAUAGGUGACUCUUUGAUAAUUUCCUAUUCUUUAUGUUAAUCAGUGUUCUUGAGUAUAUGUGUAUUUUUAAAACCCCCCUGAACAUUUCUGCCCCGCCCACUCCUUCCAUAAAUAUCAUUUGGCGUAACCUGAGCUCACAGGGCAGUUUCUGUGACACAUUUGUCUGUCUCCUUCGGACUGCACUUAGACAAGUCCCCCACCACCACCUACAAACAAAGCCCCAGGAUCGUAGCAGUUAGUUCCCCUAAAACAUUUGAUCUUUUUCGCUGGUUUCACAGAACUUAGACAUGCAUACAUGUGCUGUCAUGGACACGCAAAAGACAUGGUGAGAAUGAGAGAAAUAAUAUCGCUUUAGUCUUUGGGGACAAAACAUGCCACAUCAUAGUGAAGACAAUCCGGAGACAUUAUAUUGGGACUUUGUGUUUCUAGUGUGCUGUAUACACAUAAAAGCCUUUUUAAUUUGUAAUGUACAUGGAAACUCUACUAUUAACUCCACUACGGCCUGUUUUGUGUGUGGUUUUAAUCUAAUUUAUUUUUAGGGAUUUUUUUUUUUUAAAUAUAUUUUUAUGUGAAACGUAUCAGCUGUAACAAUGGCGACAGUGUAGAAUGAAAAGGAA